AUGAUGGAGGAUUCAUUCAACUUUUCGCUUCUACGAAUAUCGAUUGCCCAGAUUCUUAAGGCACACGGUGUUGAUAAGUGUAAGCCGUCCUUGUUAAAUAUAGUUACCGACAUAUAUAUUGAAUUUUUCACUCGAUUAGUACAAGAAUCCAUCAAAUGUAGUCAUCUACGUAUAAGUAGCAAUGAGCCAGAACUACAGGAUGUUAUGCAAUCUAUGAUCAAUAUUGGAUUUAUCAAGGCAAGAUUUCCGUUGCGUAUUCAUGAUGAGUAUUUCAAAGAAGAUGAAGAAUACAAUACAAAAUCUGUCAACUCAUUCCGUGACUGGGUAUUCAAGAGUUUUGGGUUUUCAGUGGCGAGUAAAUUGAACCAAGUCCCUCAAGGGUUGGUUAAUGGGUUGGUAGAGAAGAGAAAAUUGGAUCUUGAUGAUGCUGCGGAAACAGAAGCCGAGAAGAGAAGGAGGAAGCAUAAGGAAAGACAAGAGUUUUAUAAUCAGUUGAAAUUAAAUGAUGAUCAACAGAAACAGGCAGAGGAGGAUCUUAGAAAACGGGAGGAAGAAGAGGAGAAAGAGAAGGAGAGGGACAAUGUAAGGAGUGAGGUGAUAGAGUCUCAAUCUGAGCAGGAUAAACAGCAAUUGAAAAAUAUGAAAUGGUUGAAUUACUUGCUAGAGAAAGACUUGAAAUUAGGACAUGAUUUGAAAUUCUUUAAUGCUAAUGAGUUCAUUGCUGGCGAGUUUCUCAAGUUUCAAAAUAAUAAGGAGGUCCACCCGAUGGCAGGUGACAGCACCAGCAAUAGUGGAUUUAGUGACAAGGAUGAUUACUAUUUGGUGAGUGAGAUACCGAAACAUCAAUUUUCGGAAGAAGAUGAAACGUCAACCGUAGCGAAAGCUAAGGAAAAAGAGAAGGAGAGUGAAGGAACUGUUAAUGAGAAGAUUAUUGCUGAUGAGGCGGUAGUCCGUGAGUAUUUACCUUAUAAAUUGAAGUAUCCAGAUGCAUUAUUAUCUGACACUAUCGAGCGAAGCAACACUGACUGA